AUCAUCAAAUGUCGAAUUGUUAAACCCAUUAAAAAUGACCCAGUCGGGAUUUUAGCGUUUUCUUUCUUAAAUGAAGACGGAAAACAAACAAAGUUGUAAAAAUUGCUCCUUACAUCCCCAGUCCAUCAGCGCCGCUUCCAGCUGCCCCUGUGGGCUGCGCAACGCUGUGCGCGUCCUUUAGUUUCCAAAACGGCGGCGUGUUGUUGCAUUGACGUCAAAAAAAGAGCGGGCUGGAUGUAUAAAACCCUGCGGACCUCUGGAGGCUCCACUCACAGGACUUUCCAGAAUCGGACCAGACAUCUCUGAAAAGUUCAGCCGCAUCAACUGAAGAACAUCAAUUCCAGGACUGUUUUCUAAAGUCCUUCCCGGUGAUUUCCCUCCGCUGCAGGACAUGAAGCCCGUCCCACUCCUGCUGCUCCUCUCCUCGGCCCUCCUCUCGUCACACCUCCGCCCCGCCGCCGGCAGACCGCGCUCUCUCCCCGGCUGGCUGGAUGGCAGCAGCCGCGUCCAGACGCAGCAAAUGGAGGACGUUCUCCUCAGAGCGGCCACGGACAGCGCCGCCGCGGAUCAGGUGGGCGACAACCUGCUGAGGCUCCUCCAGCGGAGAGACCCGGACCUCCUCCACCUGCUGCCCACCGAGGUUGACGGCGAGGAGGGCGAGGCGCUGAGGACCGCGGCGCAGCUGCUGAAGCGCAGCGAAGAGCCGCCGCUCUCCAUCGACCUGACCUUCCACCUGCUGAGGAAUAUGAUCCAGAUGGCCAAGAUGGAGAGCCAGCGGGAGCAGGCUCAGCUCAACCGCAAGGUGCUCGACGAGGUGGGGAAGUGAAGCCUUCAGAGAACGCCUCUUUCCAGUAUCCAAGACCUCUGAGAUUAGUUCAACCCGUGCGCCUGCCUUCCCACUGACAACAUUUUACGCACACAUGGUGCCAUUUUACGCAUCGCGUCAAUAACAUGUAUUUUUGUUUUAUUCAACAACAACAACAAAAAAAAUAUUGAUGGAAGAUGUGGAAAAUGACUUCUCAGAUCCCCUCAUUUCCACCCCUCGCCCUUUCGGUCACCCAAUCCCCUAAAGUGGACUGUAGUGGAUCUGCUUAAAGUGGAAACCAUCCGGCGUCAUUGUGUGCUAUUUGGAAAUCAGUUGUUUUUUUUCCUCCACGCUGAAAACAGUGGAGUGUUGAACAAGUUUGUGAAUGGCACCAAAAAUAGUUCUCAAGCAAAUCCCAACACAGAACCAAUUUUCUUCUCAGCAGGCUGAAUUUCCAAACAUGACUUUGAAAAAAAUCUGAUUUGCAGAAUCGUUUUGCAGCAAUUUACCUAUUGAGGUUGUUGAGACAAACCUACCAAACUUACAAAACUUUCUUUUAAACAUAACAUGUUAACCGGUCUAAAAGAGUACUUUGUCUAAUGAUUUCAGACAAGAUACCCUUUCAGUUCAUUGAAUCUCUGACAAGCUGUAGAAUUGGGGAAUAGCUUUUCUCCAGAAUAAAGAAAGGGUUCUGUGUUUGCAGCUGUUUGAGCAAAUAUGGAAAAAACUCUGCUUUGUCUUUAGUUGUGUGCCGAAUGAUACAACACUCCUUCAGAUCAAGACUAGUUUCCUGAUCCUUUUUACGCUCAUGUCUGUAAGUUUAAGUUUUUAUGUGAGUAGGUGCACACUCACCUGUACGUUAUAAACUGUAGCACGUAAACUGGAAAAAAGAACAAAAAAAAACAAAGCUUUGUUUCAUUGAUGUCUGUCACAUUUCUCUUUGUUUUAGCAACACAAUUUUAAAAAGCUUUUUGCCAUUUAUAUUUUGUAAUAAAAAAGAUUACGGUAAACAUUGUGGCUUUUGACUUUUCUAAUGCUGAUUAUUACUCAUUUAUUUUAUUUAGAUUUAUUUUGUUAUUGUGUUGGGAUGUUUCAAGCCUGGGUCGUGAUUUUGGUAAAAACUAUUUCAGAUAACCUCCAUCGACAAGAAAUAAAUGUUUCAUUAGGUCAGAAAUGACUCCUUAAAACUGUAACAAUCAGUUUCUGGGCAGAUUAAAUCA